AUGCGCUUCUUCGUUUUGUUUGUCCUCAACGUAACGUUUGAUCGAGAAGAAAAACGAAUGACCCAAUCCUCAUCUGAACAAUUGCCUGUAGUUAAUAUGACUAAUGAUGAUAUUGAAUUGUUGAAACGACUCGAAGAAGAGAAUCGACGUAUCGAGUAUGACACUAAAUCUCCUGCAAAUUCAACUCAAACGAAUCACACAGGACAUCCAAAAUCACCGGAAUUACAUCAUAAACAAUUACGACAAGAUUCGAUUUCCAGUGAUGUAAGCAAUUUAACUAUCGACACGGACGGUAAUCUUGAAAGUGAAUGGAGUGUAUGGAAUAAAAUCAUCAAUAAUUGGACAACUUAUAUGAAAAAGAAGCCGCAAUGGAUAAAGGAUAUGAUUCGAGCUGGUGUUCCCAUUCAUUUUCGUCCAUUGCUUUGGCAAUGUUUAGGUAAAGUUGAAACAUCGCAUGUGAAAGGCAAAUAUGCUGAGUAUAUGAAAAUGACUUCGCCAUGCGAGAAAGUUAUUCGUCGAGAUAUUUCUCGUACAUAUCCCGAUCACGAGUUCUUCAAAGAAAAACAUGGCAUUGGACAAGAGCGUCUAUUCAAUGUUAUUAAAGCAUACUCGUUAUACGAUCGAGAAGUGGGUUAUUGUCAAGGUAUUGGAUUUAUUGUUGGAUUAUUAUUGAUGCAUAUGCCGGAGGAAGACGCUUUUGCUGUGUUAGUCUCGAUGAUGCAAGAUUUGAGUAUGCGCGAUAUGUACAAACCAGAUAUGUUUUAUUUGGGCUUAUGUAUCUUUCAAUUCGAGACAAUGAUUCAGGAAUUUCUUCCAGAUCUUUAUCGACAUUUUCAAGUCGAAAAUUUUAGUACAUCGACCUAUGCAUCCAGUUGGUUCUUAACCUUAUUUACAAAUCAAUUUCCAUUUAUUGUUGCAUGUCGAACAAUGGAUUUAUUUUUGAGUGAAGGUAUCGAGAUUAUAUUCCGUAUGGGCAUUGCUCUACUCGAAAUUCAUCAAGAUCAUUUAAUGCUUUUAUGUAUGGAUGAUAUGUUGAAAUACUUUCAAAAGGACGUACCAAUCAAACAUGAAACGGAUCAUGAAUCUCUAUUCCAACGUGCUUUUUCUGUGCAAUAUAAUAGUAAAAAGAUGAAAAAAUUAGAAAAAGAAUACAAUAUUAUUCGUAAAGAAGAGCAAGAAGAGCAGAUUGAAGUUCGAAGAUUACGAAAUGAAAAUCGCUUAUUGAAACAACGAGUGGAAAAUCUGGAGAAAGAAAGUGCAACAUUAGCAAAUCGUCUAAUUGAAGGACAAGUAUCCAAUGCGCAAUAUGCCGAAGAAUCUUAUCAAUUGAAACGUGAAAAUUGUACUUUAAAAAAACAAUUAGAUGAGAAACUUAAGAAUACAACGUUCUCCUCAUCCGGUCACAAUUCUGUUCAGUUAACCAGUCCAACAGAAUUAGAGAUGCUACGUGAAACAGUAGAGAAAUUAAACAUGGAGAAUCGUAACUUGCAAUCAACGCCUCACAUCGAAAUAGCGGCGUUACAAGAAGAAUUAACAUUAGUCAAAAUGCGCGAUGCUGAAGCUCAAGUCAGUAUGAAUGAACUUCGACAGCGCAUAGCAGAUCUUAAUCGCGAAUGGCAAUUACAUGAUAGUACAUGUAAAACUCUCCGUGAGAGUAAUCAAGCCAAUGAGUCUAAUGAUGCUUAUGAUUUGAUUGCUCAUGAAUUGUUAUCGUUGAAAAUGCGUGAAGCUCAAACCGAUUGUGAUAAUAAGGCUCUUUCCCAGCAGAUCAUGGAUUUAGAAACACAGAAACAAGUUAUAUAUAAUCAAAUCAAACGGCAAGAUGAUGAAAUUCAACGGAUGCGCUUGGAAUUAGAUGAAUCACGAGUACGUGAACAGGAGUUACGAGCGCAGUUAAACGAAACGAAAAAUCAAAUGCAUGACGGAGAAUUACGACUAAAAGAAGAUUCCAUGAUGUUACGAAUCCGUGAAGCUGAGAGUACACAAGCGAUUGGAGAUUUGCGUCAAAGAAUAGCGGAGCUCGAAGUUCAAAAUCAAGAAUUAAUCACACGUGGUCAAAUUAUGGACAACCGAGAUCUUCAAGAGAAACUUCUCGAAUUACAAGAUGAGCCGAAGUUUUCUUUUCGAUCCAUGAGUAUUUCAAGCUCUGGUUUUCUUUUUUUCGAUUGCUGCUCUACGAUAAUUCAUUUGUUUUCGUUCACAGGUGAUGCGUCUGCGUUUGCUGCCAACGAUCCAUCGGAAUCAUUCGACGUCGACGGAUCCACGUCGUCUUGA